AUGAAGUCUCUGGUCUUUGCUCUGCUCUUAGGAGCUGUGUUUGCCACAGAGGAUGACAAGAUCGUUGGAGGGCAGGAGUGCGUGCCUCACUCUCAGCCCCAUCAGGUGUCUCUGAACUCUGGCUACCACGUCUGUGGCGGCUCCCUGGUCAAUGAGAGCUGGGUGGUGUCUGCUGCUCACUGCUACAAGUUCAAAAUGGACAUCGUCCUCUGUGAUCACAACCGUUGGUUCAUGGAUGGAAAUGAACAGAUCAUCUCUGCUGAACGUGUGAUCCCUCAUCCCAACUACGAGUCCUGGUUGGUUAACAAUGACAUCAUGCUGAUCAAGCUGAGCAAGCCCGCCACCCUCAACCAGUACGUGCAGGCUGUGGCUCUGCAAGCAACUGAUCUUUUACAACGUCAUCCAUGUCAAAGCCCACUGAGACAAACGUCUUUUCUGACAUUGGGCUAUAUAAAUACACUCUCCACAGCUGCUGACAGUAACAAGCUGCAGUGCCUGAACAUCCCCAUCCUGUCUUGUGAAGACUGUGAUAACUCUUACCCUGACAUGAUCACUGAUGCCAUGUUCUGCGCUGGAGACCUUGUGGGAGGCAAGGACUCCUGUCAGGGUGACUCUGGUGGUCCUGUUGUGUGUAAUGGUGAGCUGCAGAGUGUUGUGUCCUGGGGCUUUGGGUGUGCAGAGAAGAACCACCCUGGUGUCUACACCAAGACCUGCAUUUUCACAGACUGGCUGCAGAGCACCAUGGCAUCUUACUGA